UACGGAGUAACAAGUGCGAGCUAGGCUUGGGCGUGUCGUGUUAGUCGUUAUUCUUUUCUUUAAAUGUUUUUGCUUUUAAACUCUUCUUAAUCGCAUUUUUAUUUUUAUAAAAUCAUGUUGGGAGCUACAGUUAAUUUAGCUCUGAUAGGCGCGCUUUAUCUUAUACUGCCUUUUACAUACGCACAACAUCACUACGAUGAGCACAAGACUAGCAACAUAAUAUGGUGCACCAAGAGCCAGGAGGAGCAAUACAAGUGUUUAAACUUGACACAAGCCAUAGAGAGGGACAGAGCCCUUUUUGAUGAUGUAUUUCUUGAUUUGACCUGCUUCAUGGCCUAUAGUGCCGAUGAGUGCAUUCAUCAUAUUGAUCGUGAGAAGGCUCACAUAACUACCCUAGAUGCAGGCGAUGUGUUUACAUCUGGGCGUUAUAACUCCCUCAUACCUAUUAUGCAGGAGAAAUUGGAAGGCGGUUUCACCGAAUAUGAGUCUGUGGCAGUGGUUAAGAAGGGUUCUCUUCAAGAUGUCUUCAACCUAAGGGAUUUGCGUUACAAACGGGCGUGUUUUCCUUGGGUAGGAAGUCUAGCAGGUUGGAUAGUGCCCAUACAUACGCUGCAAAAGGAAGGCGGCAUGGAAGUGGUAGAUUGUAAUAAUCAAGUCAAAACUGCCGCCAACUAUUUCAAUAACUCGUGUGCUGUUUACUCCUUGACUGAUAAAUACAAUCCCAUUGGCGAUAAUUCAGACAAAUUGUGUACUUUAUGUACUGGAAAAAUACCUGGUGGUCGCUGUUCAGCCGCAGAUCCUUACUAUGGCUAUGAUGGUGCGUUUCGUUGCCUCCUAGAAGCAGGAGAUGUGGCCUUUUUGCGUCAUUCUACCGUCUCUGAGAUGCUACAGAGCGCUGAAUUCAAGAGCUUGUCGCCUAACAAUUUUGAACUAUUGUGCCGUGGCGGUAAUCGUGUUCCCAUCACGGAUUACCGACAAUGCAGCUGGGGUAAAGUGCCUGCCGAUGCUGUGGUAACCACCUCAGCUCGUAGUUUUCGGGAUCGCAAACUAUAUCAACAGUUCUUGAAACGUAUUGUGGAAUUGUAUUCCGAAGGAUUAAGAGAGACUCCGAAUAGCCAACAACAAAUAGGCAAUGGUGGUUUCAAUUCCUUCAAUGAUCAAAAUCGUAACUAUCCCUACGAUCAACAGCAAUUCGGCAAUGGUCCUUACGACAAUGUCAAUGCAUACAACAAUAGGAAUCAACAGAAUCCCUAUGAUCCUUAUGACUCCAAUCCAAAUUAUCGCAAUGAUCGCUUGGACAGCAGUUUCACCACUGAACGCAAUCCCCUUGAUAGCAACUCGUCCGUUCUCUAUGAAAAAUUCCAUGUAUUCGACUCGAAAAGAUAUGGCAAAACCAAUUUGCUCUUCCAGGAUGCCAGUCGAUCCCUCACUGCCAUACCGCAAGAUGAUCAGAGUUUUACCAAAUACUUGCAAGAUUCCAUUCAUUAUAUCUAUGGUAUACGCGAGUGUCCAGUGCCAGCAAUGACAUUGUGUGUGACCUCUGAUCCAGAGUUCGAGAAAUGCGUUAAAAUGAAAACUGCUCUGAAAGCGCAAAUUUUGAAACCUGAAUUGAUCUGCAAGAAGAUGCAUUCCCACAUAAAUUGCAUGCAACUGAUUCAGGCCGGCAAGGCUGAUAUCUCUGUCUUCGAUGCCGGAGAUGUUUACACGGGAGGACUUAACUACGAUCUGGUUCCAUUCAUGUCGGAGGUAUACAAUUUGGGCGAACCUGAAUACUAUGUGGUGGCUGUUGCCAAAGAAGAAGAUCCCGAUACUGAGCUCACCUAUCUAAAGGGUAAAUAUACCUGUCAUACGGGCAUUAAUAUGGCCGCUGGUUGGACAUACCCAAUGGCGUUCCUCAUCUCGAAUGGUUGGAUUCGUCCAUACGGCUGUGAUUCGGUGCGCGCUGCUGCUGAAUACUUUACCAAAUCGUGUGUCCCCGGUGCCACUAGCAGUGAGUAUAACACGGGUGUGCCCUAUGACAGCAUGUGUGAUCUGUGCCAUGGCACAAGCUAUCGCUAUUGCCGCCGUGAUGCUUCCGAGGAUUAUUAUGGCCAUACGGGCGCUUUCCGUUGUCUGGUAGAGGGUGGCGGUCAUGUUGCAUUUAUGAAACACACCACUGUCAUGGAAAGCACCGGUGGCAAACGCAAGGAAUGGUGGGCCCGAAACGCUCUCAACGAUGACUUUGAGUUGCUUUGCACCGAUGGCACUCGCGCCGAGUUGCAGGACUACAGACGGUGCAAUUUGGGCAAAGUGAAGGCCAAUGCUGUGGUUACACGCGGCGGUGUCAACUACAAUGAAACCCAACUGAACGCUUACAUUAAUCUACUGACCUAUGCCCAGCAAUUGUAUGGCCGCAAGGAUGUGGAUGCUUUUAGUUUCAGUAUGUUCGAGUCACCCCUCGGCCAUUACGAUCUAAUCUUCCAGGAUGCCACAAGACAAUUGCAGAUAAUUCCAACUGAGCAACGACGUUACGACACAUAUCUGGGCGGGAAUUUUAUGCGCGCUCGUCGCAUAACCGAUUGCUAUGCCGGUGCUUCUCAGUUGGCCAUCUCGUCGCUGUUAUUGCUGUGCCUCAAUGCAAUAGCCCUGAGAUUAUUCCUUUAAUGUGCCCUCAGAUGGUUGAUUAAUAUGGUUUAUCAAAAUACAUUCCAUUAGAGGUCUUUAACACCUAGUAGUCUAAUCGAAUUACGAAUUAUGGCGAAUCUCCAGCACAAAUAAGACAUAUCUUCUAAUAUAUAUAUAUAUUUAAAUAGGAACCUCUUUACACUCCAAAUAUACAAAACAUAAAUAUGUUUUUUAUUGUAAACUAAUUAUAAGACAGAUGGACCCGCCUUACAAAUAGGGGUCAGAGCCUUUUAUAACCGAGUGCCUUUCAAAUCGUCCUUUGCAUAUAUAUGUAUAUAUUUACAUACAUACAUACAUACAUACAAAACAUACAUACAAUUUUGUCCGUCCCAUAGAUUUUAAACGAAUUCGACAAAAGCCGUCCAGAUUAUAAGUAAAAAUUUAAUAAAUAUAUGUAUUUAAAAA